ACAGCGUGGGACGACGCGCCAUGGCAGCAUCCAAAGGGGACAGCCGCGCUGAAGCGCGGCUGUUAUGGAUACACAGCCACGCGUGCGCCGUCGUCACGCGGACGGCUGUACGCCGUGCAUGAAUGAGGGCGCGCCGUCGCCGUCGCAACGCAGCUGAGUGACGUCCUGGCAGAUAGAACAAACCAGGACCCUUCCAAGCCACACCAUCCUGUGGUUCUAUCAUCUUCCAGGACUCUUCCAACACAAACCAUUCUAUGGUUCUGUGAUCACUAAGGAACCUCCCAAGCCACGCCGUCCUGCAGUUCUAUGAUCUUCCAGGACCCUCCUGUGCGGGUGAUGUCACAAUGAUGUGAUGACCUCACAGAGGCCCUGGGGUGGGGCAGGGGCAGUGGGUCAGCGCUGAACCUGCCUGCCUCAUUUUGCGGUUGGUUCUGGUCCAGCGAGGAGCUGUGCGAGUGGUGCAGCAAUGCGGGCCCAGUUUGCCAGCGGGACAUUAACAGAUCUGCAGCGUGUGAAUCUGCUGGAGGAGCUGCUGCAGGCUCAUGAGCGCGCCGUGGAGAAGCGCAAGGCUGAGGCCAGGGAAUCCUUGAUGAAGGAUGCCCAGCAAAUACGGGCAGAAAGAACAGCUGCCAGAAAGGAGGAUCUGGAGCAGGUAGGGUGGAGCUGGGGCUCGUCCUCAGAGCUCAGUGCACUCACAGCUUUGGCUCUGUGGGAGGACCUUGGUCCCCAUCCCUCGGGUCCGUGGGGCCCAGCGCAGCCACCCCACAUGGCACAGCCAUUGUCUUUGCAGGAGAAGCAGUUCAUUGCCCAGCUGGAAGAUCAGCUGAAGGCUGAGACAGAGGAGAUCGAGGUGCUGCGCCAGGAAAGACAGCGCCUGCAAGAGGAGCGGGAGGAGCUGGAGCUGGAGGGUGCCUGGCAGCAGCAUCAGCUGGAGCUGGAGGCAGCCCACGUGCCUGGGGCUGUGCUGCCGGAGCUGGUGGAAGCAGAGCUGGAGAAGGCUGAGCGGGCGAGGAGACGUGGGCUCGCCUUCUGGAUGAAGAUGAUCUGCCUCAUCUUUGUCAGCCUCCAGCUGCUGCUCGUUACCGUGUUGGGCUGUGCAGUGCUGUACGCCCAGAACUAUGACCAGGAGCUGUUGUAUCGGCUCCUGCUGCGAGUGCUGCCCCAGGCAAUGUACGCUUCCCUGGCGUACUUUGCGAGCAGGAGCCUGCGUGUGGUCUGUGAUGGGCUGCUGCCCAUCUGACCGCCCCUCUCAGUCCCCCCUCCCAGCUCGGGGCUGCGCGGUGGGGCGCGGCGAGAGGGCUCUGUCCCCACGGAAGGGGCCUCUCCUGUGCUCCUGCCCCCAGGGGCGCAGAGGCACAGCUGUGGGGCAGUGCCAGCAGGCGGCUGAGUGCCACCACUUUGGACUUACAAAUAAGUUGUACUGUCGUCGUGAGUCGUCAGCUGAACACCACCACCUCCGACGACCCAUCAGGCUGAAGAUCUGCACCUGACACCAGGACGUGGCUUCUUGGAUUCUUUGAGUCUUCGUAGCACCCAUUUCCUACAGCUGGUUACCUCGAAGGCUUAUGAAUUGUAAUUAGCCCAUUAGGCAACGUUACCUCCAAUGGGCUGUUGUCAGUUGUUAAGAACGCUGUCAAUAAAUGGAUGUGUACUAUU